AUGUUUAAUAUAAAUGUUAACAAUAAAUUGAUCCCAAUAAAAUUGAAUUUUUUCAUUUACUUUGGGUGUAUAGGUCCUAUAAUUGGAUUUUUACCUACAAUAGCGAAACAAUUGGGRUACUCAAUAACUACAUACGGUGUCGUUAUGACUUUUAUGUCGAUGAUAUCAAUGGUAAUGGCGCCUAUGGCUGGUUUAAUCGUCGACAGAUUCCGAGUGAAAAAAACGUUAUUUUUUAUGGUAACUCUAUUGAUUGGUGUGAUUUCAUUUUUCUUCAUAUUUGUUCCAAAAGUGCCUUUGGAAAGAUGUGUGGAAAUGAAAUGUGAAUCAGAAAUUGUUUUGAUUGUUCGUCCCGAUACCGUUCAACAAAAUACACAUAAUAAUUCGAUUUUUAUUGAUGAGAACAAUGAAGAAUUGAUAAUAUGCAAUCUGACUUGUCAAAAUACAAAGUCGUGUGACUACCAAACAAAUAAAUCGAAUAACCAAUCAGAUUUCAGCGAUUAUUGGAUGGCGACCAUCAAUGAUGUAAAAAGAAUGAACGAUCGAAAUCGGAUUGAUGUUGUAUUGAAAUUAAAAGAUAUGAAAAAAAUUGAAAGUUCGUAUGUUUUCCCUUUGUUGUCCGUCCAAAUUAACGGUACGGGAAUUUCCCCAACAUGCCAAUGUCGUUUAAAAACAUUUUGCCACAUAUCAUGUUCUAAUGAAGCCAUAAUGCAGAUAUUUACUGUGCCGACAUACAGAGGAAACGUACUUAGUUUGUAUCAAUUUUGGAUUUUUUUCUUUGCUGUCUGUGCGUUAUGGUCCUGCAUGAUUAUAACGACAACUUUACAAAAUUCACUCUGCCUCGAUAUUUUAGAUAAACCCGAGGAUUUUGGAAAACAAAAAUGUUGGUCAUCAUUUGGUUGGGGAUUUUUUUCCAUAUUCAUCGGAUGGCUUGUGGAUUGGUUCAGCCUUAAUAAAAAGGAAAAAGACUAUUCGCCAGUUUUUUAUUCGUGUAUUUUAUUCACAUUUUUUAAUUUGUUUGUCAUAAAUAAACUUAAAAUAACAGAAACGAAAAAAUCCGAAGGAAAAUGGAAGAGUAUAUAUGGACUAUUUACUAAACAUUAUGUAAUUGUAUUUUACAUAUGGGUAGCAUCAAGCUCAUUUCUCCAUACAAUUAUUACACAUUUUCUAUUCUGGUACAUGGAGGAUUUAGUUUCUGCUAACAAUAACCUGAACCAACGGGCGUGGCUAAAAACGCUUCAAGGUCUAGCUCAAGGCAUCCAAUGUUUUGGCGGUGAAAUGCCGUUUUAUUUCUGCUCUGGUUGGAUAAUCGGAAAGAUUGGUCACAUUAACUGCAUGUCUUUAGCAAUGGGAGCGAUGGCUAUCAGGAUGUAUCUUUACACAGUAAUCUGGAACCCAGUUUGGAUCAUUUUAAUAGAGCUAUUGAAUGGUGUGUCAUAUGCAUUAGGAGCAGCGGUGAAAAUGUCGUACGCAAAAAUGAUGUCACCCGAAGACACCACAAAUACUAUAAUCGGAAUAUUAGGACUUUUCGAUUGCAUUGGUGAAACUUUAGGUAGUCUACUGGGCGGAUAUUUAUUCAAAUUAUACGGUGGAGUGUGGUCGUUUCGAUUUUUCGCGUAUUGCUCGACUUCGAUGUGUUUUUUAAACAUACUAAGCAAUCGUUUUGGAUUUACUAAAGUUAUUUCAGAUUCUAAGCAGAGCGAUGACUAUAUUAAUUAUGCGGAGUCAUGA